CACCGCCGCUUCCUCUUCCCGGGCGCCGGGGGAGCGGCGGAGGCGCCGGUUCGGCCCCAGCAGCCGCGGUUCGGCAGGAUGCUGUUCAUCCUGCCUCUGAGGGUAGCCUGCAGCCUGCUUGCCUGGCUCUCCCUCUACGCUUGGUUCUGCCACCGCUACAAGCACCGGAGUUACGAAUGGAGCUGCAGGCUGGUCACCCUGACCCAUGGCAUCCUUGCUACCUGUCUCUCUGCUUACAUUGGCUUUAUCGAUGGUCCCUGGCCUCUGAGUCACCCAGGAUCACCAAACACAACUCUUCAGGUGCAUGGGCUGUGCCUUAGCUUGGGCUACUUCCUCUUUGACCUCUGUUGGUGUGUGUACUUCCAGGCAGAGGGUGCCCUGAUGCUGGCCCAUCACCUGGUCAGCAUCGUGGGCAUCACAGCAUCCCUGGUGCUGGGGGAGUCAGCUGCAGAGGUCAAUGCUGUCAUCUUUGGUAGUGAGAUCACAAACCCACUGCUUCAAGCCCGCUGGUUCCUGAAGGAGCUGGGAUGUUACCACAGUUUCACAGGAGACGUGGUGGAUUUCUUCUUUGUGGUCCUCUUCACCGGCGUGCGGAUCGGAGUGGGGGCCUGGCUGAUGUACUGUGAGCUUGCUUCUCCCAAACCCAGGUGGUACAUUAAGCUGGGAGGUGUCAUCAUGUAUGUAGUCUCCUGGGUUUUCAUGGUCAGCAUCUGUCGCUUUGCCAGGAGGAAGAGCAUGAAGAAAUACCAUGCCUGGAGGAGUCGGAGGAGGGAGGAGUUGGACUUGAAAACUAAUGGGCACCUGAAAACCCACUGACUGGAUGCUGAGUAAAGACUUCCUCGACUUCACUAUCUGGCAAGAAGAGGAUCGUGCCUGAAAUGCCACUCUUGGGAGAGGAGCCAACACACGUUAGCAAUUCUGGAGCCAAAUUUAUCCCUGGCGUAACUCCACUGAAAUCCAUGGAGCUAUGCCACUGAUUCAUUGGACCUGCAGUGUUUGGCCUGGCAGAGGCUGGCUCGGUGUGUAUGUAAGCAUAUUCUAAAUGAUACGAGUGAAAGAAGGGCUAAUUUUAGACUAAACACAACUAGUCCAGGUGUAAAUAGUAAUGUCAGUAGCUAACUCCUUCAGCACUGGUAGAAUCUUGGAGGAGAGGAGAAAAUAACAUUAGAUCUUCAUUUUCAGUGUCUAGGCAGCUAGAGUGACUCUUCAUGCUGUUAGGAAGAAGCAUGCUCUAGUGUUUCAUCAGAGUUGGGAUGCCUGGCUCUUCCACCAACUCGUUAUGUGACCUUGGGCAAGUCAUGUAACUCUAAUUCUGUGCCUAAUAUCCCCAUCUGUGAGUUGGGGGUGAUGGAGUUGAGCCAUCUGUGUUAUGCACUUUCAGAUCUUCACUUGAGAGGUGCUAUAUAAAUGCAAAAUGAUGGUUGUUAGCUGCACUUUGCUCAUUAUUCCUGUGUUUCCUUUGGGAGGAAGGAUUUUGGUGGUUGAGCUAGAGUGUGACUCUAAGAAGAACAUUAUUUUAAGUAGGUUGUUGUUUCGUACACUUUUUAAUUCCUUUUAAUAACUUAUUUAAUAAGAACUUAUUUUUGAGCAGUGUCCAGAAGGUCUCAUCAGCACUGGCACCUUGCAGAACUGGGUGCUCUGUGAAUGCACCCAAAGACACAGCCACCCAAUGGGAAACACUUCUGACUUCUCCCCUCUUUUUAAGCCCUUACAGUUAAAACUCCACCCACCCCUCCAAAUACUCCUUUUAGCUCCUCCUUGAGUCACCCACACUCUCCUUUAUGAGAAGCCCCAUCAGGACUCACCACUAAGUGGUUUUCUGGCUGGUGGAGCAAGCCCUGAAUUGGCUGCAUGAUGCCCAGAUUCCCUCUGCUCUUCUUCCUGGCCCAAAUGCAGGCAGAGUGAGGAGCCAGGCUGAGACCAAACAGUGUGCUUUUAGAGCUGGGCUUUUUAAAGCCUCUUGCCUCUUGCAGCCAAAGACCUGGAGAGCCCAAAGCAUUUCAGCUUAGCAGAGCCAACUGAUGGGUGAGCUGAUCCUGAAGAGGAAACUUGGAUCAUUCAGCACAGGGACAGACUAUGGAGCCUUGAAAGGAGACAAGGAAGGGCUAGCUGGGGCUUGCUGCUUCUUUCCCAGAAGAACAUUUCCCAUGCUGGGCAUGUCAAGGAGCCUCUUUGCCUCAGCUUACCCACUUUCAUAAAGUGGGGACUGUAUUACCUACCUCGUGGGGUGUUUUCAUUUAACACUAAACCACCUUUGAAUGCUUCCUGGUCUGUGCCAGGCUGUGCUGUAUUAAGGCAAAAUGUUGCUGCUUGGAGUGAAGAAGCACUUUUCACCAUCAGUGCUUUGUCACCUGAACAUGGCACUUCCCAGCAUCUGCCUUGCUUCUCCAAAGCAGGAAUCUAGGGUGUUUUUCAGCAGUGCUUGUGGGUAGGAGUUAAAAGGAGUAAACUGGACAUGUCUGUCAAGAUCAGCCACGCUGCUGCUGCUUCAGGUGGACUCCCAGGUUGAAAAGGUGUCUGCUGGGUUUUUUCUAGGAA